AUGGCCGAUAAUGAUUUUCCUGCGCUCUUUGAAGCGCUCAAAACAGCGCCGACAGCCCCUGAUGCAAGGGCUGCUGCUGAUAGACUGGCUCGUCAAAUAUUGAAGGAGGGUCCCCAAUCCAUGGCCGACGCCAAUGUGAUCUCGACACUUCAUUCAUUUGCAACCAACAAGAAAUCUGGCUACGAGCGAGAAUCUGCUGCAAUGGCUUUCCAUUCUCUAGCAACUGUUAUAGGCGCCCCUGGCGUCCCAUUGCUCCUUCCGUCACUUCCUGUUCUCUAUGACCUUCUCAUGGACAAGGGAGAUGUCGUCCGGUCUGCUGCGUCAGCAGCCAUCAAAUCAAUCCUGAAGCUCUGCCCCCCGGAAUCCGUGCCAGUCGUCUUCCGCCAGUUGGAAACUAUCCUCGACACGGCCAAGUGGCGAAGCAAAGUUGGUGUGUUGGAUGGGCUCAAGAGUUUUGUCGCUUCUUCUCGGGAUGUGGUUGCUUCAGAGCUAGGCAAGGUUUUGCCACAUGUCGAAAAAGCGAUGCAUGAUACAAAGUCGGAGGUCUCCUCGGCAGCAACCAAAUGCGCCACAGCUUUGUGCACCACUCUCGCCAAUCCAGAUUUGACAGCACAUAUUCCAGCACUCGUCAAAUGUAUGGCCGAACCGGGAUCGGUCCCUGCAUGCAUCAAGUCCCUCUCCAAUACCACCUUCGUAGCAGAGGUCAAGGCUCCCGCAUUGGCAGUCCUUGUUCCUCUCUUGCAACGAGCUUUGAAUGACCGGAGCAUGGAAGUGCAAAGACGAACAGUCAUCGUCAUCGACAACCUUGUCAAACUCGUGCGCGAUCCUCGUGUGGCUGCCACUUAUCUCAGUCCCCUCCUCGAUGGUGUGGAGAAGAUCGCCCACGGAGCCUCUUUCCCGGAGGUCCGCGCGUUUGGUCAAUCCGCGCUUGAAACGCUUCUUAAAUCCGGCGCUUCAGCAUCUGGGCCUCCACCAGAGCAUCGUGACAUCGAGACGGAAAUCAAAGAUGUCCUUGUUGCACUGCGUACCUUGCUGCCAGAAGAACUCAGGAGCCCCUCCCCGAAUUCCCCCAACGCACCGUCCGAAGUUAAAUAUUCCCUUUUGGAGUCGUCUUUGAAAUUCGCGGCCUCUCUUGCUGCUGAUCUGGUUCAUGACCGUCGAUUUACCGAUCAGAAUGCAUGGAAUCGGUGUAUUGGCGUUUACAUGUCACUCUGGAUUGAGAAGCCUCAAGCUGAAGCCUUUGCUGAAGCUGCCAGAGCCCAUUUCCAUGCAAUUGACCAGGAGAAGCACAAGGUUGUCACUGGCGCCUCGUCGGAAGAAGGAGAGCUGCUGUGCGAUACCCUUUUUUCUUUGGCUUAUGGAGCUCUUCUCCUUCUUUCGCACACGACCCUUCGCCUCUUCCGCGGACGUCGUUAUGGUAUUUUAGGUGCAAACGGAUCUGGCAAAUCCACUCUCAUGCGUCAGCUGCGGGAUGGGAAGGUCGAGAACUUCCCCCCUCCCAGUCAAGUAAAAUGUGUGAUGGUUGAACACUCCCUUCAAGGAGAGGACACGUCCCUCAACGUCAUUGAUUUCAUCGCCUCCGGUGUGUCCCGCCUGGUUGUCUCAGCAGUCAAGCUUGCUAAUGGAUCUGCAGACCCUCAACUAACCGGCGUUUCACGCUCGGAGAUCCAAAAGCAACUCAGCGAUGUGGGAUUUGACGAAGAGCGUCAGCGUGAAAUUGUCGGUGGCCUUUCGGGCGGCUGGAAGAUGAAGCUAGAGUUGGCGAGAGCCAUGCUGUACAAGGCUGAUCUUCUAUUACUCGAUGAGCCAACCAAUCAUUUGGACCGGGCCUCCGUCAAAUGGUUGGAAGAUUGGCUUCUUGCGCAGAAGCAGGUUACCUGUCUCAUCGUCAGUCAUGACUCAGGCUUCCUGGACAAUGUGACCUCCGAUAUCAUUCACUACGAGCAAAAGAAGCUCGUGUACUAUCCCGGAAAUCUUUCGGCGUUCGUAGCCAAACGUCCUGAAGCCAAGUCGUACUACACUCUAGAGGCCAGCUCUGUCAAAUUCUCCUUCCCACCUCCCGGCUCCUUGAUGGGUGUCCGAAGUAACACUCGUGCCAUCCUCAAACUCCAAAAUUGCACCUUCACCUAUCCCGGCCGUGAUAAACCAAGCCUUUAUGAUGUCUCCUGCGCACUGUCGCUGUCAAGUCGUGUUGGGGUCGUAGGGCCGAAUGGCGCAGGGAAAUCCACGAUGAUCAAACUUAUCACGGGUGAAACUACACCUCAAACAGGCACGGUGUAUAAGCAUCCAGCUCUUCGGGUUGGAUACGUCUCUCAACAUGCCACCCAUCACAUUGAACGACACCUGGAGAAGACUCCAAUUCAAUAUAUCCAAUGGCGUUUCCAGGACGGACAUGACCGCGAAUUGCUCGAGAAGUCCACCCGAGUGCUGACUGACGAAGACAAAAAACUACUUGAUCAAGAGUGGGUGGGAAAGGACGGAAGCAAGCGGAAAUUGGAGCUCAUCAUGGGAAGACAAAAGUUGAAGAAGUCGCUCCAAUAUGAAAUUAAGUGGAGAGGUUUGGACCACCGAUUCAACACCUGGGUUCCUCGGGAGGAGCUUUUGAAGAAGGGCUUUUCCAAGAUUGUUCAACAAUUCGAUGAUCUUGAAUCUUCUAGAGAGGGUGCUGGAGCAAGGGAAACUAGUACACACCUUGUUCGAAAGCACUUGGAAGACAUCGGUCUGGACGGUGAUAUCGCCCAAUACAACGAGAUCUCCGGUCUCUCGGGAGGACAAAAGAUCAAGCUCGUUAUUGCCGCUUGCCUUUGGAAUAACCCACAGAUAUGUGUCCUCGACGAACCGAGUAAUUUCUUGGACCGUGAAGCCCUCGGGGGACUUGCUGUGGCCAUCAAGAAUUGGACUGGCGCUGUGGUCAUCAUUUCGCACAAUCAUGAAUUUGUCUCUUCACUCUGCCCGGAAAUUUGGAACGUCGAGAAUGGUCGCAUGGUGCAGCAAGGAAAGACAGCCGUCGUAGAAGAUUUCAAUGAGAAGGCGGGAAGGAGUGGAACGAAUACCCCGGCACGAUCGCGCCUUCAGACGCCAGCUGCGUCCACCGCUGGAACACCCGCAGGUAGCGGUGCGGAGAACGCUGCCGAGGCCAGACCUGUGGUGAAGAAGAAGAAGAAACUCACUCGGAACCAAAUCAAGGAACGGGACGAACGUCGCAGGCUGCGACUCCUCCGCUGGCUUAACGAGGGUGGUCCCAAGCCUGAAGACACGGAUAGCGACUGA